GAACGGCCGAGCAAGCAGCAAGGUCCGUUCUGCCAGUAUCAGAGUAUCGCGUGCCGGCCGCACUGCGGCCGUGCCUUUUUUCCUCUCCUCCGACCGGGGUCCACGCGCAACACCGGAAUAUCUGAUCGAACAUCGAUAUUCCUCUCUCGUGUGCUUCGCUCUCUUUCUCUUUCGAACGCGUGACGUGUGGUGGAGAAGACGUUCGGACCACAGGGAUUUUCCUCGAUUUAUCGUCAGGAUCUCGACAUUUCAAGCACGAGAGAAGAGAUCACCGUGACCGAUGGAGGAUGACGUUCGAUGGAAAACGAGGUCGCACGUUGGCUCUCAUCAUCGGGGAACGGCGCGAGAAGAACGAGCAACGCGUCGCUUCUCCACGCUAAUCGAACGAACGACACCGAAGCCAGAGAUCGCCGCCAGCGAGGGACACUCGCGAACGUGAGCAACUCGGAUCCGGCUCGGCUACCGCGUGCCUCUGACUGCUUUGCUCGCGCGAUGGGCCCGUUUUCGUCACCGUUGCUGUCGUUGUCUUGGUCAUCGUGGUCGUGGUCGUCGUCGUCGUCGUCGUCGUCAUCGUCGAUCUCGCCGCCGCCGUGAUUGCGAGCGAACGCGGUCCGACGAGCUGAAACAAGGAACAGUUUUUUAGUUUCGAAGCUGCGAAAUCCUCGGGCAGGCAGGCGGUCGCCCGAAUUUUUGAACAAAGCGCCGCACCGUUGGCUGCGCAUCAUGUUUGGAACGAAAUUGCGCACGUGGAUGGAAGCACACAUCGUGCGAUCGAAAAAGAAGAAGGACCGAAAGGGGAAAGGAGAAAAGGGAUUCGACUCUAAUUCCAAUUCUCCUCGGAAUCACGGGUCCCACAGGUCUGCCGCGUUGCACCAAGUUCAUCCGGUAGAUUCGCCAUCGAGAAACGUGGACGAGAUUCGAUUACACGGCGAGGGUGGCAAUCGAUGCGGUGGUACAGCGACCGCGUCGUCGGGCACGUCCGCGGGAACGGGCAGCGUGAAUCUCUCCUCACCGGAAAGCGCCUACAGUACCGGGUACUCGACGGACGGCACAUCGCCAGGAACCAGCUAUCCACCGGAAUAUUACAUCAACAUCAGGACCGGUACCCAUUACUUUCAAAGUACCGCCAACGCCAAUGCCAACGCCAACGCUGGCAUAGCUGCGCUUAUCGGUAACUAUACUAACAACAACAAUAACAAUAACAACAACAACAAGAACAAGAACAACAACAGCAGCAGCAAAUACAGCAACAAUAACAGCAGCAACGCCAGACCGAAGAAAGCGAUCGAACCGUCGGGUUUGUCGGUUGCCGCCGCUGCUUCUUUACUCUCUAGACGCGGCAGACAUGGAAGGUUCGAGGAUAAUACCGAACCUUCCGUCUCUGGCUCUAGCAGCGCGUUCUCCUCGGCAACCAUAACUAUGAGCAACGAGUCGGCGAAAGACGUCGCUCGAUCCAACAAAUACGGGACCAGUAGCAAGGUGACGACGCGACGGACGUCGCAGAACGAGGCUAUCCGCUUCGCCAAACAAAUCGGCGGCGAUCGUCUGCCGGACGAGGAUCCCUCGACGCAGCGAACCUCGGUGCUGUUGAAGGAGAGGCGGGUCGGCUCCUUCUCCGCGGAGUCCUCGAGAAGUAAUUUGACGGCGCCGCCGCCACCUUCCUCCAUACCGCCGCCCUUGCUCUCACCGACUGUCCAAUCGCCACGCGAACGCUCCCGGAUUCGCACGAAUCCGUGGCUGUCGGCGGCCAACUCCUCCGGCUCGAGCACCACCGGCGGCUUCAAGUCCAGACUGAACCUCGACGACAACGGCAGCGGCUCGGUCCUCAAGCUCGCAGAGUCGUCCGGGAGCGCGAGCGACGUCAACGCGAGCAGCAGCAGCGCGCGAGUGGGACGGGGCAGACGGGAGCUGAAACAGGAGAGCCUCAGUGCCGGAAGGAGUCCGAUAAACCAAAACUGGAGAAUAGCGUCCGGCAUGGAGAUCCGACCGAAGAUAGCCUUGUCGGUGCAACGGCGCAACAGCAGCAGCAGUAACAGCAGCAGCAACAGCAACACCAACAGCGACAGCACCACCAACAGCAGCGGCGACAGCAACGAGGUUAGCAGCGCUGCCAGUAGCAACGGCAACCGGGACGAAAACAGAAACGGGAACGAGAACGAGAACGAGAACGAAAACGAAAACGAAAACGGAAACGGUUCGUCCGUCUCGUCCGUUACGCGGAGCGCCAGAUCGUCCGAGGACGACAUCACCCUGAACGAAAUGAUGGGCAAGUUCGACGAGAGUUACAUUUACGAGAAAGAGACGGACAUCUUGUCGGACAGUGAUCCGACCGAUUGCGAGGACUACAUCGAGUCCCUGUCGGAUCUGGACGGGCCCCGAGACGCUGGCGACGAGAACGAUCCGCUCGACAACGACGACUUCGACUACAUCGACAACGGCUCGUUUCUCGAUCUCGCCGACAACCUCGACUGCUCCGGACGCUUUGCCAACACAGGCCACUGCACUUACUUCGCGUUUGCCGGCGAACUCGCUCGACGGAGCAGCAAGCUGCGAGAGUCGCUGAUGAAACGGAGGAGCAGGGACGACGCGGCGGCCACAGCCACCACCACGACCACGGCGAUGCUUCAAAGAACGAUCAGCACGAAAAAUGGGCAUACGACGAGGAAGCAGAUGACGCGGCACAGGAAGCAACAAACGGAUGAGAAACAGUCGAGCGAGAAACGGAAGAAACGAUCCUCGCAGCGUAGAAAGUCGAAUUUCAACAAACGCGAUCUGAACGGUAGUCUGGCCGGAGUGGGCAGUUGCAGCAACGAUUACAACGGUGGCGACGACGAAAUAACGGCCAAUUUGAAUCGCGUGCUGGUCGAGAGGAUGCUGCUGAAAAACUCGGGCUUCAAUCAGGGUAGCAGAAGCGUCGGCGGUACACCGAUCUGCCUGCGUCGCAAGAAACACGACGUGAACAAAAAUUUGUCACCGUUGCGGUCGAACGACGAAAGAUCGACCGCUGUCCGACUCGUUGCCGGUGAUCCCGACAUCGUCAAGAGGCGUUCCAACUCGGUGAGCUACGUGAACGGAAACCUCGUCAGACGGCGGAUAACCGCCACCGACAGCAACACCUACAUGACAACGUUCGCUUCCGAGAUCGCCCUGAUCGAGGCCGACAAGGAAGCGGACAAAAAGUACCGAGAGCUGAUUCUCGAGGCAGAGAACAUUCUAGUGAACAUGCAGAAGAACCAAGCCAGCCUGUCCGUCGUACCGUCGCCAUCGCGAAAGUUACACAACGGACUGGCGAACAAGCGCGUCGAGCUCAUCAAGAACACCGAGUUGAACAUCGAGCUGGCCCUCUCCAGAAGUAGGAACUCCCAGCCAGAAUUGCAGAGCGGCAGCAUCAAGGAUCUCGAGCACACCAGUCCCAAGAGGCAACAGUUUGUUCAACAACCUUGUUCCCCGAUGAGGCGAUUCGUCGAGCGAAACGCUUCCUCGCCGGUAGCCGGCGCAGCAGCAGCAGCAGCCACGUUUCAAUCGGGUGGUUCGACCAAGUGCUGCGUCGACUCUCCUCUCGUCUCGAGAAGGGCGACGGCGAUGGCGGCAAUAACGAACCAGCAGCAGCACUCGCCGGACAGAAGCUUCCUUCUUCGUGCUCGGUCGAGAGCUUACGAGAAUCAAGAUUCCGACGAUUACGACGGACGGCGAAUAACUCCGACAGUGGCAACGUCGACCGCGUCGAUCAACGCGCCAUCGGCGGUGGCGAUGUUCAAUUGCAACGGUAUCAUCCUCGGUUCGAACGCGAACCGAUGCAGCACCGCCCGUUCCCAAACCUCCACCUACCUCGUCGACGAGUCUUGCGCAACAGCCAUCUCGUCGCGCAGAGAUUCUCUCGCCGGGGUAAAUCGGAAAGAAUUUCGCGGCACGAGGUCAUCGUCCAACGCUAUUGUGACCAAGGAGGAGACGGUGACGUCAAGUUCCUCGGACUCGGAGGAAAGACUGGACGUUGGAAGACGAGCGCCGCUGAUGACUUUCAGGUCGGUCGACAUGGGUCCCAUAAAAGAAGGGUCCUCCUACUGUCCGCAAAGCGAGCCGGUCAAGAGGAAAGUGUACGCAGGCAGCGCGACCUACGACAAGAUACAAAAAACUUUAGGGGAGCACGUCGUUUUGAGAAACUCGGACGGGGACACCACCACUGACGAUACCGACGACUCGAGAAGAUCCCUGAAAGAGAAAGUGGCCAAGCUGCGGCAAGAACGGCUGGCCGCAAACACGUGCGUAAAUGCUCAAGACUCGCACGUGUUCCAACACCAGCUGACCCAGCUGCGGCGACAAAUGCUGAUGCAAACGAUCGAAGGCCUGAAGCGAAGUCUCGAGGAUCAGUCGGCAACUUUGAAGCAAACGUGCUUGGAACCGGUAAUGACCGAUCGAUUGCCAUGAAUCGAUCGCAACGUUUGAAAGAACCGACACUCCCUCCUCCUCGUAGAAUCGGCUCGCGUUUGGCAAAUCUCUGGCAGGUUACGUCGCUCUGGUAGGAUCCACGAUAAUGACGACGACGACUAUGACUACGACGACGACGAUUCGCGUAUAAAACGUCAAUCGUGCGAGCGACGAUCCAACUACACGUGCCACACGCGUUACACACUUUUUCUCCGUGUAACGUUCUACCGAAUUAUAUAACAUGUGAUGCUCACGAAGCGUGUCGAGCUCUACCGUGAAACCACGAUAAUAAUCGACGCGUUCUAGCCGAAUUUCUAUCUACCUAAUCGUUUAGAAGGGAAUCGAUCUAUUUUUCUGCCUGUUUACUAAACGGUAAGAGAAUCAAAAUUAAGGAUACACACGUAUUUUCUGGCGAGUGUUCUCGCAUUUUUUGCUCGACGCUUUAAAACGAUUACGCCGCCGCGGCUGUACGUGAUUCCUUUGAACUCUUUUACGAACGAUCGAGCCAAGUGAAACCGAUGAAUCUCUUCUUUUUUCUAUUUGGUUUUGUUCGUCGUGGCUCGCGACAUACUGUUAGAACGUACGACGGUCAAACAAUCUUUUUUUUUUUUUUUUUUUUUUCAUGUCUUUUGUUCCGUUUUCUAUUUUUCUUUACAACAGCCAACAAUCACAAACGACUCACGUACCUUCACGGGCCUACUCGCAGACUAAUUCUCACGUCGACGGUACACGCCGUUAUCCCAAUUGUCUCUCUUACGUAUACGUAUGUUAACUCGUGAUGUUCCUAUUUAUACUUCCGAAGGAAAGAAACUGUCAAUGUAACAACGGACUAAGAGCAAAGUUGUCGUCGAUUCUGUCGGUUCUGUCGGAAAUAAACGUUUCCCCGUUAGUAUACCAAAGAUAAUAAUCUAGCACGGUAGUAUAGAACAGUUUAGUUGAUGAUAGCAUCAUGUGCUAUAUUAGACGUUCGUAAUAUUAGCAAACUACUACUAGAAUGUUUUUCUCUCAGUUUCGUAGAGAAAUGAUAUUGCAUCGCGUGGAGAAAUCAUCAAGAGAUCUUCCAACAUCGUCGGAAUCGAAUUCCUACCGUCAACGACGAGGCCUUUGUUUUUUUCUUCAUUCUUAAGAUUCUCUGCCUUCUCUCUCUCUCCCUCCCUAUUUUGUCUUCUACAUUUCUCUCUUUUUCUUUCUUUCUUUCUACCUUUCUUUCUCUUUCACUUUAACUCGACGUCGACGGUAUUCCUCUGACGAUCUAGUAGAGAAAAAAAAAAGUUUUUAGUCACGGUGAUAUUUUUGUGAGAAUAGACUGAUAGCGUUACCGAUUACAUAUUAUAUCUUUAGGCUUAAGCGUUCGAUUUCUUUGUGAUUUAUAUAUACAUUUCGUUUUCUCUCUGGGAAAGAGACGAUAAUUCGUAAUACGCACACGAUAUUUAUGUUUGUGUUAGAUAUGCUAGAGACCAUAGAAAAAGAAAUGUUAGAAAACGCAAUAGUAGUAGCAAAAACUAGUACGCUAGUUAGUUAGUCAGUUAUCGACUAUAAUAUGUCAUAAUAUCGUUCUUUUUUUAAUUCUCUCGCGUGAUUUAUUCCCCCAUUUCGUUGGGAACUGUGAUUGCAACUUACUUAGCCACUUUUAAAGCUGUCACCAUAAAACGUGAAAUGUUUGCUAGUUUCACGGCGAAUCACGGUCAACUCAGGUCAAUUUAUUCAUAACUUUUGUACCCAAUACGUGAUGUGUAUAUCUAUACACUCAUAUGCAUUGGCAUAUGUACGUACAUGUAUGUACAAUUCUUCAUUUGAGAAAGAUUUAAAUUUUUCUUUUUUACUCGAGUAUAAAUGUUUGUGGUUAUCAAUCGUCAUCACUGUGACCACUAUCACCAUUGCUAACAUCGCUAUUAUUAUCCUUAUUCUUAUCAUUACAUUAUCAUUGUAACUACAAGUUUCUUACGUGGAAAUUCGUUCAGUUCUGAAUCAGCAUAAACAAGAUUUUAAAAGAAUUUUCAAACUAUCGUUGUUAAGUGCAGCAACUUAAUGUAUCGCUAUUGCUAUCGUCAUCAUCAUCAUCAUCAUCAUCAUCAUUAUAUUGCUGUUAUAUUAUUAUUAUUGUUUUUAUGGUUUUCAUUAUUUUGCCUGCUUAAAUUGACUGAAACAUUCCGAAGGUACACACACUAAAGAACAAGUUCCAAUUACCAGUCAUAGUUGACUUGUCUCGUUCAGUCUUUUACGGCAUAGUGAUUGGUUACGAAUAAAAUUCUCAACCUUUCCCCUGCUAACGCGCAAUGCUAGUCAUCCAAUUACUCGUGCAGGGCAACUUUCAACCAACUUGGAAGAGAUAUAAAAUUAUUGUUGCAAAUCGCCUCUGUACUAAACCAUUUACAAAAUUAAAUGGUCUUUUUUUAUAUGAUUAUGAAUAAAUUAUAUUACGUCGUUGGAAACGUGCAUUCAUUUAUAUUGGUUUUCUUUCCUAUGUGGCGAUUUUACGACGUAAAAUUGAUAACUACGAUAGAUCGAGUUACAGCCAAAUAAACAGUCGUAUAACCAUCGAAUAUUUAUCGCAAUUUUGCAUUCUAAACAUGUACAUCUACAUAUAACGUGUGUAGUUGCUUUUUUACGGUGAGUAUGAUAUGCGUAUACAUGAACGUAGUGUAAAUCAUAUUCCACAUUUCCAUUAGUAGUUCUUUAUUACCUAGAUUAGAAAAUUACAAAUUUCAAAUCAAAUAGAUAUAUGUAUAUAUAUAUAUGUGUGUGUGUGUGUAGAUACCUUUAAAUACCUUAUAUAUGUAUUAACGCUUACGUACGCACAAUGCCCGCGCAGAUUAUACAUCUAGCUAGUAUAUGUACAUUGAAACAGCUUAGUACUGGACAAGCAA